AUGGGGCCAUCGAGCCUCCAGAGCACCCAGGUGGACAAGCUGGAGGUGAGAGUAAACAGGGCAGAUCAGGAGCAGGACAAGGUACAGGUAAUGGUGGAAGGCAUCAGGCAGGAGGAGGAGAAGCUGCAGGUGACGGUGGGAGGUGUGGAGAAGGAGCAGGCCAAGGUGUGGGCAGCACUGGAAGGCUUGUGGAAGCAGCAGGACAAGCUGCAGGAGAUGGUGGAAGGCGUGGGGAAAAAGCAGGACAACCUGCAGUCAACAGUGGAAAGCUUGGGGCAGGAGCAGGACAAGCAGUGUGCAACUGUGGAAUCCUUAGAGAAUGAGAUGCACAGGCUGCUGAAGCGGCUGCUGGAUUUCUGCGGCGUCUUCAAGCCCGCCAUGCCGAGAUCCGUGGCGGGAACAGCCUGCAUGUAUUUCAAACGCUUUUACCUCAACAACUCAGUGAUGGAGUAUCAUCCUCGGAUAAUAAUGCUCACAUGUGCAUUUUUGGCCUGUAAAGUAGAUGAGUUUAAUGUGUCCAGUGCACAGUUUGUUGGUAAUCUGCGAGAAGGCCCUGUUGGACAGGAAAAGGCCCUUGAACAAAUACUGGAAUAUGAACUACUGCUUAUUCAGCAACUGAACUUCCAUCUUAUCGUCCACAAUCCAUACAGACCAUUUGAGGGAUUUCUGAUUGAUUUGAAGACUCGCUAUCCAAUGCUGGAGAAUCCUGAAGUUUUGAGGAAAACAGCUGAUGAGUUCCUCAAUCGAGUGGCUCUCACGGAUGCGUAUCUGCUCUUCACUCCCUCACAGAUAGCUCUCACUGCCAUAUUAUCUAGUGGUUCCAGAGCAGGAAUUAAUAUGGAAAAUUACUUAGCAGAAAACCUUAUGCUGAAAGAAAACAGAACUUCCCUAACCAAGCUACUAGAUGGCAUGAAAUGCAUGAAAAAUCUCAUAAAGAAGUAUGAACUGCCAAGGCCUGAAGAGGUGACUGCUCUGAAACAGAAGUUGGAGAAGUGUCACAGUUCAGAGCUGUCACUUAAUACAAACCUGAAGAAGAGGAAAGGUUAUGAAGAUGAUGAAUGUGUUGCAAAGAAACCUAAAAUGGAGGAGGAAGAGUGGACUGAUGAUGAUCUUGUGGAUUCAGUGUAA